ACCCAAGGAAGGAGAGAGGAAAAAAAAAACCUUGCCAAGUUUAACAAGGUCCCUUGGCGCGGACAACCGCGCGGUAAACGGCGAUAAUCCGUCGUCCCGGGCACCCAGUUUCCGCGAACACCCCUCCCGCCCGCCAAGCCAUCUCCGCCGCAGCCGACGUGCCCCCGCGGCCCCGCCGCGCGGCCGAACCGGUCAAAACCCCCGCCCCACCCCGCACGCUUACCCCACACGUCCCCCGCCCCGCGUCUUCGUCUUCAUUCGCCGCUCCAAAUCACCAACCCAUCCAUCCUCCUCGUCCAGUCCUCAGUCCUCACCGGUCACCCCCAUCCUCCCAUCCAUCCCACACCACCACCAGCACCACCGUCUUCCCCUCUCCUUCCGUCGCCGAUGGAGCUAUUCGCGCGCGCCAAGGUGGUGCGGCUCAAGAGCUACCACGACAAGUUCCUGUACGCGGACGAGGACGAGGCGCACGUGACGCAGGACCGGGACGGGUCCUCGGCGAACGCGCGGUGGACCGUGGAGCCCUCGCCGCACAACCCGGGGGGCGCCAUCCGCCUGCGGAGCCGGUACGGGCACUACCUCACCGCCUCCGGGGAGCCGUUCCUGCUGGGGAUGACGGGGCGGAAGGUGACGCAGACGCCCGCCGCCGCGUCGCGCCCCGCCAACGCGUCCGUGGACUGGGAGCCCGUAAGGGACGGCUUCCAGGCGCGGCUCCGGUCCAAGGCGGGGCACUUCCUCCGCGCUAACGGCGGGCUCCCGCCGUGGAGGAACUCCGUCACCCACGACGUGCCACACCGCUCCGCCACGCAGGACUGGGUGCUCUGGGACGUCGAGAUCGUGCAGCUCCUCACGCCGGCGCCGCCCGAGCGCACUGGCUCCGCGCCCGUCGCUAAGUUGCCGGACUCGCCGCCCGCGCCGGAGCUCAGCAAGCCGCCGCCGCAGACGCACGCGCCGCACCACCGCCCGUCCAAGUCCUACGCGGCGCCACCGCCCACGCUGGAGCCCGAGGCGCCGCCGCCCAAGCUCUCCAAGCUCGAGUCCUCUCUUUCUUUCCACGCUCCCUUGCACAAGGUGGAGGGACGUGCCAUCCAUUACCACAUUGCAGACGAUCUGGGCAAUGUGGAUGACAGCACAGUUGGACACUCCUUUACAUUCAAUGGAAGCAACUUGGAGGAGCUCGCCCACAAGUUGCAAGAGGAGACGGGUCUGGAAGACAUCAUUAUAUGCACACGCAGCCCUAUCAAUGGGAAGCUCACUCCUCUCCGUCUGCAACUACCACCAAACAAUGCUGCGAUGCAUAUUGUGCUCGUCCAGGAGUCCUCAAAGGUGGCUAAAACAUUUCCGUGGCCCUAUGGUUCAUAAAUCACAACCGUUUGGCGAAGACAGGGCCUUGAGUUUUCGUGGAUUGUGCAUCUCGUCGAAGCCAAGUCAUGCCGGUUGUGCAGUUAAACCUCAUUCGUGUACAUGUAAAAACAGGGCCCCCUCCUAAUAGUAUAGCUUGAAACCAGCGGAGAUUCAUCGUGUGAUAUGUCACUCAUAUGUGCAGAGAGAUGUGUUCAGUUAAUUAAUUUAUAGUCGAGAGUUUGACCCCUGAAUCGUAUACCUCGGUUGGUUGUAUUACUUGCGUAAGAGAAUUUGUACUCGUUGCAGAGUCAACAUCAGCCGGCUCAUUCUUCCCCAGUUGGGGUUGAGUCAGGGCUAGCAGUAUAGUACUUCUUCACCAGUUCUAGGCAUUGGCAUUGGCCCAGAAUCUUGAA